AUGUCUGUGGCACUAUCUCGAGCGCGGAGCAGAAGUCGGGCGCCCAGCACCAGAGCGCCUCUAACACCAGCGCCCAUCGUUGUGGACGUUCCGCGAAGUGGGGCUAAAUCACCGCUCAUUAUUGAUGUACCAGUAGAACGGCCCCGCGCAAGAAGCAGAAGCGUGCGUAGCAUGCGCGAACCCAUGGUCGAUGCACCAGGACUCAGUGGUGGAAGGGGGAUGUUCAAGAGGUUGAUUGUUGCAUGCGACGGAACUUGGCUAAACUCGGAUGAUGGAACCAAGAACGGGACUCUUUCCAUCCCAAGCAACAUUACCCGGAUAUCAAGAGCUAUCAAGGCAGUUAGUCAGGAUGGUAUUCAGCAAAUUGUCAACUAUUCCCAAGGACUUGGGACGGAAGGCGGAAAACUGUCUCGUUUAGUUGGGGGCGCCACAGGCAAGGGCCUCGGUGACGAUGUCCGAGAGGCGUACUCCUUCCUUGCCAACAACUAUCACCCAGGAGACGAGAUUUUCUUGCUGGGCUUCUCAAGAGGCGCAUUCACUGCGCGUAGCAUUGGAGGUUUGAUUGGAGAGAUUGGCCUCCUCACAAAGAAGGGUCUGAACACUUUACCAGAAGUGUAUGAGGAUGUUCAAAAUCGGCGGAACCCCGACUAUCGUCCAAAGCACGAAGACGUACCCUUUCCCCGGAAACCAAGCGCAGAUGACCCGCGAUACGCAGAAGAACUGGAGCGUAGAGGACUGACCAGGCUCGAUAUUCCAAUUAAAUGCAUAGCGGUCUGGGAUACGGUUGGCAGUCUCGGCAUACCGCGGAUCGGCAAGUUGCAACGUCUGGGUCUGCAAAUGAAGCAGUCAAAGGCGACAACCUUUUACGACACCAAACUCUCCAAUUGCAUUGAAAACGCAUUCCAAGCGCUCGCUUUGGAUGAGAAUCGUGCAUCUUUCUCACCUGCUGUCUGGGAGAAGCCUGAGGGAAACCGUACAACGCUCCGCCAAGUAUGGUUCCCUGGUGCGCAUGCGAAUGUCGGCGGCGGUUACGAUGACAUGCAAAUCGCGAACAUUAGUCUUGCGUGGAUGAUGAGUCAACUUGAACCAUUCCUGGACUUGCGAUCUGAAUACCUAUUCGAACAAGAUGAUCUGAAUGAAAAGUACUACAAGAAAGAAGAAGGCGCGAUCAGACCGUGGAGUUUCGGAAAGAUCUACAACGAGCUCAAGGGCGCUUUUGCGUUGGGUGGCAGUACACAACGCAAACCAGGUCAAUACACCUCGGUAGACCCCUUCUCAGGCCGUGCAACAGACCGACCUCUCCGCCAAACAAACGAGUACAUUCACCCCUCAGUCCGCACGCGCUACCGCUUAGAAGGCCCUGGCAUCCAAGACCGCGGCCUCUACGAAGCCCGCGCCCUAACCGACAGCUACAAACUGGUCGUCGACUACGGCGCCAACAAUUCGCGCGCCGGCGACGCAGAAGUCUACUGGAAAAUCAAGUGGAGAGACACCAUGGCUGUCAAAGUACUACCCGAAGCCCCACUCUGGAGACUGGAAAGGGAGCUGGCGAAGCGCGAUCCCGCAACAUAUGAUUACAUCAAGAAACCCCCUGCCACCACCUCGACGCGAUCGAAACGAAAGACGGCACGGCCUCUGAGCGCGGAUUUUAGCAACAGCAAGGCUGGCGGGUUGGCUAGUCCGACGUCCAGGAAAGGCAGGAGAGAUACGUUUUCGCCCAGGAGUACGUUUCCGGCAGAGGAUCGUGGGCCGUUGCCUAGACGGAGUAAGACGGGCGUGGACAGGGCGGAGAGGCCGCGGAGUAGGAGUAGGGCGCGCAGUGUCGAGUUUGCGAGUGAUCGGGAGACGGAUAUUAGAGAGAGUAUGCCACAUCGGAGGGAGAAGGAUAAGGCGUGGUGGGAGGGGCGGAGAUGA